CCCGCCAAGAUGCAACUGCUGUUCGUGCCCGUUCUGCUCGCUGCGUUCGCCGUGGCUCAGCCACUGACGGAGGAGCAGCAAAAGAAGUCGGAAACGAUCGCACUGGGCUGCCUGGAGCAACACAAGACCCUUAACCCCGAGGAUCUGAAGCUGCUGCGCGGUGGUGACUUCUCGAAGGUGAACCCCGAGACCAAGUGCUUCCUGCGGUGCUUCCUGCAGCAGGCCAAGUUUAUGGAUGCGGACGGCAAACUGAACGCUGACCUGGCCAUCGAACGGCUGUCGGUGUCGCAGGACAAGGCGAAGGUCGAGACGCUGGUGAAGAAGUGUAACGUGGAGCCGGAGGCCGAUAGUUGCGAGACGGCUUUCAAGGCCAUCGAGUGUUACCAUCGCGAAAAGUCAUCGCUGCUGUGAGCUGACCACGAUCGUACGGUUGAUUGGUUGAUUUGAAAAGUAUUAAAAGUGAUGACCACAUGAUGACCAACCCCACGUGCCGAUAUUUUAAAGGCCCCAAACAACACAGUCAACGAGUGGCGGAGUAUG